AUGUUACCUAACAUAGAAUCAUUCUCCUCGUACUCCAGAGUUUUCUCAGCCGCUCAGCCCCCUCUCUCUGGAAACCAAUACCUUCGAAUUCAACCCAUUAUGGGCCUCGAAGCCCAUUGCAGUUAUGACUUCUGUAAAACUACCUGUGAUACACUCGUGGUAAAGCCUCCAGAUCCCUCAUGGGUUGUCAGAUAUUUCAUGUUCUGGCAGUGGUCCAUCGAAAAGACUUGUUCUUGGCGUCAUAUAAAACUCUGUCUACUAUGA